AUGGCUUCUAGUGGUCUUUUCAAAGCAGCUGCCGUGCUCAAUGCGUUAUCUAUACCCGGCCACAUGAAAUACGGGUUCGAUUAUAUAUAUCCUAGCGUGGCACUUGUACCUGGCGGACCCAAACAUGCGUUCGGCAAACAGGGUGCGGUCGAUGGGUGGGAUUACAUGAAUGGGAGCCUUGCUAUCGCUGCCCUAUUGAAUUGGCAGUGGAGUACCACAGGGGGCCCAACUACAAAGUUUGAGAAUCUUAUGUUCUGGACUUUGUUUGCCUCGGGGGGGUUGUGUGGUAUUCGAUAUUUCAAGGUUGGCUCUUAUAAGCCUCUCCUGUGUCAUUGGGUUGCGCCGGUUUUGGCAGUUGCUGCGCUAUGGCUCAAGUAA